UAGAUCUCUAGUUUCUGGGUUUUUGUUUUCACGGAAGCAUUGACUCUGAUCGUUGUUAAUAGUAAAUAAACUUUGACUUUGGCGGCUAUCUUUGAAAAUUUUGGUGUUUUCGGGCCAGUGUCUUCUUGUUCGGGCUUACUCUACCUAAUUAAUUGAAGUUGAUCCGAAAUCAACUUCUUAUUAUCUGGCUGCAUCUAGACUUAGAAGCUAGAGGAGACACAAAAUCAAGUAAUCAAGCACUGAAUCUUGGUGCUUGUCUGUGAGGUCAAACAUACAAAAUGAGCGAGAUGCAGUCAGUAAUCCCCAACUUUCACCAAGCCAAAAACAGAACUCUUAAAUGGCUUCAAUUAGAAAUGGAUUCUCUUUUGCAGAAAAAUGAUGUUGAUACAGAAUUUAGCAGUAAGUGGGGAAACUUUACUUCUUUUACACGCCAAAUUAUAGAACUGGAAUCUAAGUUUGAAUGUCUGCUAAAAACAAAAACAAAAGAAAACUUAAAUAUUCUUCAAAUGAAAGAAUAUUGUGAAUUGAAGAAGGCCUCUAAUUUGGCUAAAGAGAAACUGCUUAAUAACUUGGAAGAGGAGUUGGCAUUGCUGAAGACAGAAAAGCUGUCCUUGAAAACUGUCAGCCAAAACAAAGUAAAUCUGAAGCAGUUAACAGAGGAGUCCAAUAUGUUCUCACAACACCUGGGACUAAAAAUGACUAAAGUGAAAGGAGGUUGGUUACAGUUUGUCUUUACAUUGAUUGAUGUCAAUAAACCAGAUUCCUGCUACUUCUUCUCCCUUAAAGUAGACAGCUCAAAAAAAUAUAUAGUUGCUGACUGCCAGCCAGAGAUUAAAGACAUGGAUCAUUUAGUAGAAAAACUCAACUCCACUAAUAAUUUGAAAGCCUUUGUUCAUGCUGUGAGAAGAAGAUUUGUCAGCUCUACUAAAAACAACUGAGAUGUUUUCAAAUAUUUAUUUAUAAAUAUUAAUUUGCAGUCAUUGAUUAGCCAAUUUUUCAUUGUGGAACAUAAACUGACUGGUUUUAAAUACACUCUACAGUACACCAUCUAUGCCAUUUUUUGUUGUUAAAUUUUCAUUCAAACCAGUAUUGUAUAUUAUUGUAAAUAAACAUAUUUUAAAAAAUC